GUUGUUGCUGGAUGUGCGCGAGCACCGACGAUACGCUGCGAAGUUCGUCGCGGAACAUGUCAGAGACCCGCUGCGCGUGAAUCUGCGCGUCCAGAAGAUUCGAGACGGGACGACUGAAAGGUCUUCCCCAUUCAGAGGUGUGCUCCCUCCUCUCUAGAGCUCCACCACGGCCCUCACCUGCGUGCUCCACUGUUUCCCCUGCGAGCCGUCCUGGGCUGACCGGCCCUUCCUCCUGCGCUCCCGUGCUGUCUCUCCUGCCACUGCCACCAUGACACGCUCCAAAACCUUCCAGGCCUACCUGCCCAACUGCCAUCGCACCUACAGCUGCAUCCACUGCAGGGCCCACCUGGCCAACCACGACGAGCUCAUCUCCAAGUCUUUUCAAGGGAGUCAAGGCAGAGCGUACCUAUUCAACUCAGUGGUAAACGUUGGCUGUGGGCCGGCAGAGGAGAGAGUGCUGCUGACAGGUCUUCAUGCUGUGGCUGACAUCUACUGUGAAAACUGCAAAACCACAUUGGGCUGGAAAUAUGAACAUGCCUUCGAGAGCAGUCAAAAGUACAAGGAGGGCAAGUUCAUCAUUGAACUGGCACACAUGAUCAAGGACAACGGCUGGGACUGACGCGCUCCGGCCUGCUGCAGAGAGUCUACUGGAAAGGGACGGCAUAUGAGUAACUUUCUGCAUCUGCCAGUAGCUUUUCCCUGGAAAACCCACCCAACCUGACACACACCUAGACCCUCGAGGGUGUGAGAUUUAUAGCGUCAGUGCCGUCUCUCUUGUGUACGUGUGAGUGUGUGAGCGCGCGAGUGUGAGCGUGCAUGCGGCCGUCAGCGUGGCGUCGAGAGCAUCGCUGUAACAGAGCAAGGCAGUUUCCACUCUAUACGCGUCUAUGUAUGUGCAUCCAUGAGCAAAUCCAGUGCAGUCAGAUACGUUCAUGCUUGCAUAAAGACAAUGAAACCGAACACUCGGACCAGCCGAGGCUUCGACUGACCCCGUCUUCUGACCCGCUCGCAGGUUUCCCCAAUGGCUGGACCCAUGGAGAACAGAGGUGAAAACGAAAAAUAUAAAAAUAUACUUUAGUGCAGCACCUUACAGCUCGAGUGAUUGAUGACCAUUUUAAAGGCCGGUGCACGUCAGAACUGCUGGCUUGUCCAUCAAAGUAAUUGUCAUGUCUUUUUCUUUUUUUUCUUUUCCCUUAUCUUUUAUUGUUUGCACAUGAUUUAUUUAUACAUGUAUUUAUUGACCGUGGGUUUGAUUUGUCGUUUGGUUUGGUUGGGGGGGGGGGGCGUCGACCCUGUGUUUGAACUGUAGCAAACUGCAUUGGUUCAGAACCUGACCGCUUUCUGUUGUAGAGGUCUUUGAUGAGGAUCCUUUGUUUUCUAUUCAGAAUGUGCUGUGUUUUUUGAAUGUGUCUAGCGAUUGUUAUGUGUUGGUCAGUCGAGUUAUACUUUGGGACUGGUUCACUUUCCCUUUUGUGGAUCUCUGGUUAGUGCUGGUGAGAGCAUCUCUGUUUAUGUAGUCACCUCUAAAGGAAUACUUCACGGUUUUUCAACCCAGUCUCUGUCUGCUGCAUCAGUAGUUUAUGGUCGGUUACCAUGGACAUUAUUUUUAGUGAAGGUGUUUAGUAAAAAAGCAGAAAACCCACUGAUUCAAAAGACACUUAUAAUAGAAACCAGUGGGCAGUGGCUGAAACAUCCUCCCAUUGUCUGCCUUCAGAAGUACGGCGGCGUUUUAGGGCCACU